AUGAUCGACCUUGCCAACUUCUCGCAUCCUUCAAUCAGCAAGAUUAAUGAGAAAUACUGGUUUCAUGAGACCAGUGACGAAGCCUUCCGGGGCCAGUCCUUUGGAUUGGAGGUAGUCAAGAUCUUGGACCAUUCGACGUCUCCGUAUCAGGACAUCCUUGUAUUCGAAUCGGCAACUUUCGGCAAUGUCUUGAUCUUGAACGGCAUCAUUCAAUGCACCGAAAGAGAUGAGUUUGCAUACCAGGAACUCAUCACCCAUGUGCCGAUCAUGAGUCAUCCAAAACCUUCCAAAGUGUUAGUCAUUGGUGGAGGUGAUUGCGGAGUUGUCAGAGAAUUGGUGAAACAUAUCGGCAAGGGUGUAGACCACGUCACCAUGGUGGAGAUUGACAAGCAAGUCAUCGAUUUGAGUAUCAAGUAUUUGCCUGAAAUGGCCAAGUUCCAUAAUCACCCGAACGUGAACAUUUUGCUCCAGGAUGGCUUCAAGUACUUGAUGGACUUGAAAGACGUGGAUGAGACAGAAAAGUUUGACGUGAUCAUCACUGACUCCUCAGACCCAGAGGGUCCUGCCGAAGAGUUUUUCCAAGUGAACUACUACAACUUGCUCAACAAUGCGCUCAAAAAGAACGGCGUUGUUGUCAUGCAGAGCAGCGAGAACAUCUGGUUGAACCUUCCAUAUUUGUCGGGCCUCCUUGAAAAAGCUUCGCAGGUCUUUUCCAACAUCGAGUACUGUCAAUGCUACAUGCCUUCAUACACAAGUGGCCAGUUGGGACUUAUAGUUGCCACGCAAGAUGACUCCAAGAACUUGCAGGUUCCUUUACGCGUAUUUGAAGACGAGAGGGAACUAUUUAAAUACUACAACUCGAGAGUCCACCAAGCGUCGUUCGUGCUUCCAACGUGGGCGGACAAAGCUCUCAAUCGUCAAUAG